AUGCACUUUCUCCGUUCGGGCGUCCUGGCCGUCGUGGCCACCCUUGCCGCCGUGGCACAGGCCGACUACAGCAUCGACCCGGAUAGCGUGCCGCUGGGCACCCGACAGGCCUGGUGCGCAAACGAGAAGAACACUUGCCCCAUCAUCUGCCAGCAGAUGCAGCCCCAGACGACACUCAUCAACACCUGCGACCCCAAGACACUCACGUAUGGCUGCCUGUGCGGUAACAACCAGCGGCCCAACGUGUCCGAGUACACCCUGACACUGCCCUACUUUGUCUGCCAGGAAUGGGGCAACCAGUGCGUCAAGGGCUGUGGCGGCGACAACAAGUGCUCCGCGGCGUGCCGCGAGAAACACCCCUGCGGUGCCACCGAUCCCAAGAAGUACACGUCGACGGCCUCGACGGCGACGCCCACGGCCACGACGACCAAUGCCAACGCCAUCUUCACCGCGCCGGGCAGCACUGGCAGCGCGAGCGGUGACAAGAAGGGCGCCGGCGUGGCGCUCCAGGUCGGGCAGGCGUACGGCCUGGUGGUGGUCAUGGCGGGCUUCUUCGCGGGCUUUGCUCUGCUGUAG